AUAAUAAAAUAGGAGGGAAAUUUUUCCAGUGGUUUAUGGAUUGUGUUUUCUCCCUCUCAUUUCCUCUCACUUCUCUCUCUUCUUCAAAAUCAAAGAAACCAGAAGAAUGAUAUCAACUGCAAAAUCCAUCCUUCGAAACUCUCUCCUCCAUUACCACCCCACCUUCCCAUCACCAUUACCACCAAUCCCUUUCCCUCUCCUCCAUCUCAACUCCCUUUUCUCUCUCCUCUCCACUUUCUCCUCCAAUGGCGGAAACCCCACCUCCUCCAAUGGCGGAAAACCCCUUUCUUCCUCCACCAAAAACGACGACUACUUCGCCGCAGUCCACCACAUCUCCAACAUUGUUCGCCGCGACAUCUACCUCGAAAGAACCCUAAACAAGCUCCGAAUCACCGUCACCAACGAGCUCGUUUACCGCGUUCUUCGGGGGUGCUCUCGUUAUGGAAUCCAGUCUUUCCGGUUCUUCAAUUGGGCGCGAUGUAAUUCUCUCUCCUCUUAUUCACCAACUGCAAUUGAAUACGAGGAAUUGAUCAAAACCCUAGCUAGAACUCAUCAUUGGGAGACAAUGUGGAAGGUUCUUCAUCAGCUUUGUAAGGAAUCUUCUUUGAAUUUCUCAACUGAGGUAAUUGAAUUUAUAAUUCGUGAGUAUGGUAGUAAAGGGUUUAUUGAUGAAGCUGUUAGGGUUUUUAAUUCUUGCCCUAAAGUUUUUAAGUGUGAACAAACUGUUGGUGUUUAUAAUUCCUUGUUGUUUGCUUUGUGUGAGGGGAAGAAUUUUUAUGGGGCUUAUUCUUUGAUUAGGAGGAUGAUUAGAAAAGGGGCUAGCCCGAAUAAGGAGACGUAUUCGGUGCUCGUUAACGCGUGGUGUAAGGCUGGGAAGUUGAGGGAGGCUCAGGAGUUUUUGGAGGAGAUGAGUAAGAAGGGGUUUAAUCCGCCUGUUCGAGGCCGGGAUUUGUUGAUUGAUGGGUUGUUGAAUGCUGGUCAUGUUGAAAAUGCCAAGGCUUUGGUUAGGAAAAUGGCUAAGGAAGGGUUUGUGCCUGAUAUCAGGACGUUUAAUUCGUUGUUGGAAGCAAUUUGUAAGUCGGGGGAGGCUGAGUUUUGCAUUGAAUUGUUUAGUGAUGUGUGUAAAUUGGGGCUUUGCCCUGAUAUUGAUACCUAUAAAAUUAUGAUUCCAAUUGUUGCUAAGUUGCAUAAGUUGGAUGAGGCAUUUAGGCUGCUGCAUUGCUCGAUUGAGGAGGGUCAUAAGCCUUUUCCGAGUUUAUAUGCACCUAUUCUCAAGGCAUUGUUUAGGGCUGGACAGUUUGAUGACGCCUUUAGCUUUUUCAGUGACAUGAAGAUUAAAGGGCAUCUGCCAAAUAGGCCAGUUUACACGAUGUUGAUUAGGAUGUGUGCUCGUGGGGGUAGAUUUGUUGAGGCUGCAAACUACUUGGUUGAGAUGACUGAGAUAGGCUUGCCGCCUUUGUCGAAAAACUUUGAUAUGGUCACUGAUGGAUUGAAGAAUAUUGGGAAGCAUGACCUGGCAGAAAGGAUAGAGCAGUUAGAAGUGUCUUUAAGAGGUGCUUGAUAUGUCAGUUGAUUGCGGAGCACAAUUUUGUGGUGCUUAAUGAUGUGAUAAGGUCAUCGCGCCUGUUGAUGGCAGAGAUGUGACUUCAGCUCAAAGAGGCAUAUUCAUGGGAAGAGUGGGGGUAUAGUAAGAAGCAUUUACGUCACUUAUUGAGCAGUGUCAUGAUUACCCAAGUGCAAAAUUGACCACCAGGCUGUGAACUAAUUCAUCGCGCUUGUCCUGUAAGAGCUUCAAAAAUGAAAAAUGAUGAUUUAUUGAUUCUACUAGAUCAAGCAUAUCUGAAUGACUACCUUUAGCUCCUUUACCUCCCUUUCUCUCUCUGUUUCUCUCUCUCCCUUUAUUACCAUAGGUGGGAGUUGUCAAUGAGCAGCAGUCAAGUGAAGAGCCUGGUUAAUUUUUUUUUUCAACUUCCAGAUCUCGAGCUUGAAGAUCUAAGCGUCAUUAUAAACUGUUAAAAGAGGAUAACUUCCUUAGGACAAUGAUGGAGAGUUUGCUGUUUAGAUUGUUGUAUCUUUAUAGACACACUUAUGAUUAAUCUAGUUCAGAUACCUUCACUUUCCUGUUCUUGUUGGUUCCCGAUUGCGAGUUUUAUGUGGAUUCUUUGAAACAUUGUACAGUACUAGAAUUCAAUUUUGAUUUGAACCUAAUCUUAGCCAAAACAUAGUACGGAGUAUAAAUUUGUGGUGACUCCAAAUCAAGGCUUCUGUCAGACUAACCUUACACAUUACAGUGAUUACACAUUAGAAUCUAACAAAAUAAAUUUUUUCUUA